CUCCGCCGCCACGUGAUGCGAACCUUUCUUCCCCACUGGCUGGCGAGCGGCGCGAGGGUCACGUGGCCGGAAAGGAAAACCCGGAAGCGGCCUAGAGGCCGGAUCUCGGUUUCCUUGGCUACGACGGAGAAGGGCGGGAGGGGGAGGAAAAAAGGGCUGGUCCCUUCUUAUGUCGCGGCGGCGGUAGCGGCGGCAGCAGUAGCACCACCGCUGAAGGGAUGGCACAAAGCCGGGCCUAGCGAGGCAGCUGCCGCCAUGAGCGGAUUAGCGGUUGGCGGCGAGGGAAGGAGCGACGGCGGAGGAGGCGGCGGCGACUCCUCUGCAGGCCGCUGGGCUGGCUGGAAACUGCUGGCCUUGGGCCUCCUCUCCGCGUCCUCGGUGCUGGCGGCAGCCCCGGCCGUGCAGGCCAUGGGCAGGGAGGAGAAGCGGCGCCUCGGGAAUCAAGUAGUGGAAAUGUUUGAUCAUGCCUAUAGUAAUUACAUGGAACAUGCCUACCCAGCCGACGAGCUCAUGCCUUUAACUUGCCGUGGAAGAGUUCGUGGUCAAGAACCAAGUCGUGGAGAUGUGGAUGAUGCCUUGGGAAAGUUUUCACUGACACUAAUUGAUACUUUGGACACGCUUGUGGUGUUAAAUAAAACCAAAGAGUUUGAAGAGGCUGUCAAAAAAGUGAUCAGAGAUGUUAAUUUAGACAACGACAUUGUAGUAUCAGUGUUUGAAACAAACAUAAGAGUCCUUGGAGGUCUUCUAGGUGGGCACUCAGUAGCAAUCAUGCUGAAAGAGAAGGGCGAAGACAUGCAAUGGUACAACGGAGAACUUCUGCAUAUGGCAAAACAGCUGGGCUACAAGCUUUUGCCAGCUUUUAACACCACCAGCGGUCUCCCAUAUCCACGAGUUAACUUAAAAUUUGGUGUAAGGAGUCCAGAAGCUCGAACAGGAACAGAGACUGACACUUGUACAGCUUGUGCAGGUACCUUGAUCUUGGAGUUUGCUGCUCUGAGCCGCUUCACAGGAGCAUCAAUAUUUGAGGAAUAUGCACGGAAAGCACUUGAUUUUCUUUGGGAGAAAAGGCAACGCAGCAGCAACUUGGUGGGAGUCACUAUAAAUAUUCAUACGGGUGACUGGGUCCGCAAAGAUAGUGGUGUUGGAGCAGGUAUAGAUUCAUAUUACGAAUAUUUAUUAAAGGCUUACGUCUUGCUUGGAGAUGACAGUUUUCUGGAAAGAUUUAACACGCAUUAUGAUGCCAUAAUGAGAUACAUUAGCCAGCCACCUCUCCUGCUUGACGUGCACAUACACAAACCAAUGCUUAAUGCUCGGACCUGGAUGGACUCCCUACUAGCGUUUUUCCCUGGCUUGCAGGUCUUGAAAGGUGAUAUCAGACCAGCUAUAGAAACUCACGAGAUGCUGUAUCAGGUGAUAAAAAAGCAUAACUUUCUUCCAGAGGCUUUCACAACAGACUUCCGGGUUCAUUGGGCUCAACAUCCUUUAAGGCCAGAAUUUGCAGAGAGUACAUAUUUCUUGUAUAAAGCUACUGGAGAUCCUUACUACCUAGAAGUAGGAAAAACACUAAUUGAAAACUUAAAUAAAUACGCUCGUGUACCUUGUGGAUUUGCUGCUAUGAAGGAUGUUCGUACUGGAAGCCAUGAAGACAGGAUGGAUUCUUUCUUCCUAGCUGAAAUGUUUAAAUAUUUGUACCUGCUCUUUGCUGAUAAGGAAGACCUGACUUUCGACAUAGAAGACUAUAUCUUUACCACAGAAGCUCAUUUGCUACCUCUCUGGCUAUCUACUGCAAAUCAAACGGCCCCUAGGAAAAACAUUACUACAGAAUACACAGAGUUGGAUGAUAGCAACUUUGACUGGACAUGCCCCAAUACUCAGAUCCUCUUUCCAAACGACCCAAUGUAUGCUCAGAGCAUCAGGGAACCUCUGAAAAAUGUGGUGGACAAGAGUUGUCCUAGGGGUGUUUCCAGAGCGGAAGAGAGUUUGGGCACCGGACCAAAGCCCCCGCUAAGAGCCAGGGAUUUCAUGGCCAGUAAUCCUGAGCAUUUAGAGAUCCUAAAGAAGAUGGGAGUCAGCUUGAUUCACCUCAAAGAUGGAAGAGUCCAGCUGGUGCAACAUGCUAUUCAAGCAGCGAGUUCACUCGAUGCGGAGGAUGGUCUACGGUUCAUGCAAGAAAUGAUUGAGCUAUCCAGUCAACAACAAAAAGAGCAGCAGCUACCUCCUCGUGCCAUUCAAAUUGUUUCCCACCCAUUCUUUGGCAGAGUGGUUUUGACAGCUGGGCCUGCGCAGUUUGGAAUGGAUCUCUCCAAACACAAAUCAGGGGCAAGAGGAUUUGUUGCAGUCAGUAAACCAUAUAAUGGAUGCUCUGAGAUCACCAACCCUGAAGCGCUGAAGGAUAAAAUUGCUUUGAUGCAAAGAGGGCAGUGCAUGUUUGCUGAAAAGGCACGGAAUAUCCAAAAAGCUGGGGCUAUAGGUGGCAUUGUUAUUGAUGACAAUGAAGGAAGCAGCAGCGACACAGCCCCUCUCUUCCAGAUGGCAGGUGAUGGCAAGAAUACAGAUGACAUCACUGUGCCAAUGCUGUUUCUGUUCAACAAGGAAGGCAGUAUUAUCCUUGAUGCCAUCCAGGAGUAUGAAGCUGUAGAAGUGCUGCUUUCUGACAAAGCAAAAGACAGAGCAACUAUAUUUAAAGAUAAAAUGAUUCCAAACUACAUUAUUGAUAGCAAUUUGGAAAUGGAAAGCAUGGAUCAGAAGUCAUCUGAUAAUGAGUCUCAUAACCAGAGGCCAGAAGAGAUUUCAGCAGAUUUGAACUUGGUCAGUCAAGACCCAGAAGGAGAAGGUGGGUUGGAGUCGCCUGCAGAGUUGGGCAGCAAUAGUGUUUCUCUUAAGGACCAGGAAUCUUGUAUCCCUAAACUCCAGGAAACUAAUAAACUCCAGGAAACUAGUAGUCAAGCAUCAGACUUGCAAAGUCACCCUGAGGAACAAUCAGAGAUUGAAACUGACUCCAAUCCCACUGAUAGCUGGGAUAAUAAUAAUAAAGGACAGUCUAUGGAAUCAAUAUUAGCUGAUUGGAAUGAAGACAUAGAAGCUUUUGAAAUGAUGGAAAAGGACGAACUAUAACUUCUAAUAAAGUGCUUGUGGGACUACAAAGAGGAGGAUAGUAAAGACCCUAGCAUCUGAAAAUAAUAAAAAAAGAAUUGUUCAGUAUUGUGAUGAGCAGCCAGGUUCCAUUGGCAAAAGCCAGCAUGUGUUAAAAUUUGUAUUGUUUUUGUUUUCCCUGUUUUAUGGAAAAUGGGAAUGUGCAAUUGACCCAUUUGCAGGGUUCCUUUGCAUGGUGCUGUAGCACAGGAGGUUCGUUCAGGGAAUGAUUUGGUUUCCUCCUGCGUUCCACAUUGCUGUUAAGUUAGCUUUGUCUAAGCCUUAGGAAGCAGAGAAUGAAUGAAACCGAGAUUUAAAUGCACCACCGAGUCUGGAUGGCUAGUUGGGGCACGGCAUCUUGGCACAUGAAGGCUAUAGGCUGGCUGUUGGCAAUGAUGCUUUUUCAAGGGUCUAUACCGUAUCUCAGAAGCCUUUUAUGGAGACAUGGCAGAAGGUACUUCAGGCUGUGGUGGCCUUUAUAGUGAGGGCAGACCAACAGGCAGCUCUGACUUGUCCUGUGCCACUUAAUAUAUAGCGAGUGUGCUGUACUUCCUUUAUCACUUCUUCCAUUUAUUAUUUUGAAGAAUGACCAAGAUAACUUGGAUUUUAUUUUUUUAAGUUCCUAGUUCAAGUCAAGAUUGCCUUUGAUUUAUAGACUAUGUGCUCGAUUAGCAAAAAAAUAAAAUAAAACCAGUUAAUUCUGAAACUUGAAUCUGAGUAAUGGGGCAUAGCCUCUUCUCUGCACUCCCAUUACUUUGAUUUUGAACCUUGCACAGUAAAUCGUAAGCUAAAAUAAGCCAAAUUUGCUUCCUUGCCGAUUUUCUGGGAAAGGUACCAAAUCAGAUAGUGCUGGGAUAGAAUUUCUUUCUUUCUUUCUUUCUUUCUUUCUUUCUUUCUUUCUUUCUUUCUUUUUUUUUUUGCAACUUUAAAUCAGCCUUACAUCAGUAACAUCUCUCUAUUCCUGUAUACAGCUUAAAUUUCUGUACACAAAAAGGCCAGUAUGUCCAUAGGAUAGUAUGACGUCAAUGAAAGACUGGUAUCAUGUGUAGAUUUUUUUUAAAAAAACAACAACGUAGAAAUCCCAGUGUGUUUGACAGCAAUCAUGUUUCACAAAUGUCUUAAAGUGAGAUUCUUCUUUUUUUUACAAACCCACAUGUAGCUAAAAGACAAAGAAAAAUAAUACAGUUGCAUCUACGCAAGACUGCCAGACGUUGCUUAUUUAUAUCCAGUCUUGAUUACUUUUGUUUUUAUUCUCGGGUUUUGGGGGCUGUAGAAAACCGAUUGGACACGGCACAGUAUGUGCUGUGCCCUGUUCUGCCACUUUAUGUAUAAAUGUGUUUUGUUUUGUUUUUAAUUGAGAACUAGCAGAAUCCCUGUUAAGAGUGCUGGGCUGUAUGCGGGGAGAGGAGGGCUUGUACCCCAGUGCUCUCACUGGAGGCGAAAUUCAUUCGGUGCUGGGCGUUUUUGGAGUGCACAAACUGUUUCGUAAGGCAGCACUUUAUAUUCCCCAUAGGAAUGAAUAUCAACCGUUGACUUAAACAUACAUAUAGGGAGAAAGUAAAGCUGUAUUUGUUGGGAUCCUGCUGGUAUACCUUUCUCCGUCCUGUCCCAGAUUGUGUCAUGUCGUGUGCAACACAAAUCCUUAGAGACUGGCUAUAUAAGUUAGGUUCGUUUCCAUUCUGAACCCGAGGAUAGUUCCUAGCACAAAAAGGUGCAAAGGCAUCUUUCUAAAAAAAACAUAUCAGCCAGGUGGAAAUACCUUAUUCUGCAGAAUAUGGAUGAAACAGUGGGGCAAAACCUUAGUGGACAAAUGAAUAAAGUGUCCUUCAACUUUUUUCAAUUCUUUUUCCCAUUUGCACAUGUAAGUGUUAGAUGUGGGGCCUUCAGCAUUUUUGUGGAAUUAUGUUUAAACUGGAGGCUUUAUUUUUUUAAUUAUUAUUAUUUUUUUGUACAUGGACUGUUCCUUCAGGGAAUUUGAAUAGAGGCUUCUCUAAAGUGUCCUUUAGUAACUUAGAGGAGAGCGUGUGCGUUUGGGGCCAAAUGCACUUAAUUUUAAGUUAGAACUGUAAAAAGCAAGUGGGGUGUUCUGCAUGUCUGAGUAAUAGUGCCACUCGUAAAAACCUCUCAAUAUUAACUCUGUCCUAGGCUAUAACUUACCCCAUCAAACUGCUAUUUUCAUUAGGUCUUCAAUAGUAACGGCUCAUUUGGUGUUUUCUGGUGAACUGGUGUUUCUGGUGAACUGAUUCCUUAGUCAUUAUAUCUUCACCAAGUGUGUUAGACAAAACAGCAGCUGCUAAAUUUCAUUUCUUCCUACAGAUAAUUUAUUAAGAGUGUGAGCUACCUGCUACUUAUUUGUACAUAGUCCAUAAUGUGGAUUUUAAGUUGAUGUAUUGACAUCGAAGUAUCUGCAAACGUUUUGAGUUUUCCUCAUUAAUUCAGGGAUUAUUGAAAGAUUCCCUUGCCAUUAGAGAGGAGCAUCUGAAUGGUGGUAGAGUCUACCUCAGAUAUAGGUUGCCCUUUAUUUUUAAAAUUUUGUUCUUCAUCAUAGCCAUAAGCCUGUUGGACAAUAGCAAAAAUGGUUUACAUGUUAGUAGCUAAAUUUGGAGACUGUCUUUUGGAGAGAGCUUACCAAUUAUGAGUUAAUAUCUUCCCAUCACAACAGAAGCCCUUUUUUUGGACAAGCAUUCUUGUAUGUGGUUGAGGCGUUCCUUGAGGAGAAGGUAUCAAAUGAGCUGGCACAAUAACAGGGUUAAUUUCUAAUCAGGAUCUUCCUAAACCUGCUGUCUUACGCUUCUUUCAGCGUAGUUAUUUAUAGCAGGUUCAUAGAGAUCCCAGAGAAGCCGUAUAGUUAGGACAACAGGGGAAACAUUCUAUGAAUGCAUAACCGUACAUCCAGAUUUUAUAAGACUUUUUACCAGCCCAAUUUACAGCCAUAUAUUUUCUUAUGAUGUAAUUUAUGAAAAGGGUAAUAAGGGGUGCUGCAACACGACGGUUGUUGGGUUUUACUGUCUGGUAAUUUUAAGUGUGUACAAUAUUCCUAAGGGCAACUGUGUACUGUGAUGUAGAAGUCUGAGCUCAAAGUGUGUAUAUAUAAUCCUUGUAUAUAAAAUUGUGUACCUAAUUAUAAUUGCUGAUUGUAAAGAUUUAAUAAAAUAUGUAAAUAUU